AUGGUAAUGAGCGGAGUCACAACCACCAAAUUCUCAAUCAAAGUUAAUGGAGUUGGCCAUGGAUUCUUUGAGGGAAGGAGGGGGUUGAGGCAAGGAGGUCCUAUGUCUCCUCUACUUUUUGUACUGGUGAUGGAAUAUCUGUCAAGGACAUUAAGGAAGAUGAGUGAACUCCCUGAUUUCAGGUUCCACCCUAUGUGUAAAAAGACUAAGCUUACCCACCUGGUGUUUGCGGACGAUUUAAUGAUCUUUUGCAAAGGGACUGCAAGCUCAGUUUCUCGGGUCAUGGAAGCCUUGGAUCACUUCAGCAAGGUUACUGGUUUGGAAGCGAACAAUGAUAAAUCCAAUAUAAUCUUGGCAG